GAUAACAUGAGCCAUACAUAAACUCUACCCAGCAUCACACCUAGUCCUGGGCACAGAGAGCCACUAUACCACACACAGACAUGGCCAGUAAGAAGGCUGGUAAUAAGAGACAGAGAGGAGCCCAGAAGAGCUGCUCCAAUGUCUUCUCCAUGUUCGAACAGUGUCAGAUACAGGAGUUCAAGGAGGCUUUCGGCUGUAUUGACCAAGACAGAGAUGGUGUGAUCAAAAAACAGGACCUGAGAGAAACCUAUGGACAGCUAGGGAAGCUGAACGUUAAGGAUGAGGAACUGGAUGAGAUGUUGAACGAGGGGAAGGGUCCCAUCAACUUUACUGUGUUCCUCACUCUAUUUGGAGAGAAACUCAACGGCACAGACCCCGAGGACACCAUCCUCGCUGCCUUCAAGCUCUUCGACCCAAACGGCACAGGUUUCGUCAACAAGGAUGAGUUUAAACGGUUACUAAUGAACCAGGCGGAUAAAUUCACAGCAGAGGAGGUGGACCAGGCGUUCUCUGUGGCGCCAAUUGACGUGGCCGGCAACAUCGAUUACAAGUCACUGUGUUACAUCAUCACCCACGGAGACGAGAAGGAGGAGUCCUAAAGGCUCUCAGCAAAAAACCCUGACCCCCGACCCAUAACCCCUGAUAGGGCAGAACUGGAAUCUCCUCUGUGGUUGUCUUUUGCCAAUCCAGUAAAGAAAUCAAAUCAA